AUGUCAGUCAAAACUGGUCAAGAAGCUCUAUUACUAUGGGCACAAGUUAGAACAGCCGGAUAUGCUGGUGUCAAAGUCCAAAAUUUCUCAGAGAGUUGGGGUGAUGGAUUGGCAUUUUGUGCAUUGGUUCAUUCAUACGAAGGUGAUAAAUUAUUUAAAUAUGAUGGAUUGUCUGCGAUCAACAAAAGAGAUAAUUUAGAUUUAGCAUUUAAAAUGGCUACUUCAAUUGGUGUACCUGAUUUAUUGGAUCCCGACUUUUUAUUGGUUCCAGGUGGUUUAGAUCGUAGAAGUAUUAUGACUUAUGUAUCAGAAUUAUAUCAUCAUUUUAAAAAGAUGUAUCCAGUGUCACCGGAAACAUCACAUACAAAGGCACAAGGAAUAUCAAUUAGUUUACAGGAAUUGUCAAGUGAACAAUUGACACAACUAUUGAUCAAAGAGAGAGAAAAGAAGGGUCUAAAGACCAACAUCCAAACGAAACCAACUGCAUCGACCACUGCCAACGCCAACACCAAACCCUCGAGAAAGCAGGUUGGUCCAGACCCCGAAUUAGCCAAGAAACGUGCCGAAGAGGAAAAGGAACGUGCAGAGAGAAGAAAACAAAUUGAAGAAGAAGCUCGUCAACGUAGACGUCUUGAAGAGGAAGAAGACAAGAGAAAAAAGGAUGAGAUUUAUAGAUUCAGACAAUUAAACUCUGGUAUUGCUGGUUCGUCCGGUGCAUCAGAUUCAUCGUCCGGUGGUGACAAUGACCUUAAAAAGAGAAUUAAAGAAAUGGAAGAACAAGAAAAGAAACGUAAACAAGAAGAAGAUGAUAAAAAGGAAAAGAAACAUUUGGAGAGAGUUGGUGGGAACCAUGGAAAACGUGCAAGUGGUCAAAUACUCGCCUCUGAUAUUAACAAGUUCAACCAACAAGAAGAUGAUGCAUCUGCACGUGUUGAAGCUCAAAGAAAGGAAAGAGAACAAAGAGAACAACAAGAAAGAGAUGCUGAAAGAGAAAGAGUUGCUGAAAAGGAGAGAGUUAUAGCUGCCGCUUCCGCAACUGCUGCUGCUGCCGCUAUUGCUCAACAAAAAGAAAAAGAACAAGAAGAACAAGAAAAGGAAAAGGAAAGAGUACAAAAGGAACAACAACAACAACAACAACAAGAACAAGAACAAGAAAAAGAAAAGGAAAGAUUGGAAAAAGAACAACAAUUGGAAAAGGAGAGAUUGGUGGAAAAGGAAAGAUUGGAAAAAUUGGAAGCUGCCAAAAAGGAAGAGGUUGCAGCUGCUGUUGCACCAGUAUCACCACCAUCAGGUGCAGAUAUUAGAAGAACAGAGAGAGAGAUGGAAAGAGAACGUAUUAGACUUGAGUUGGAGGAACAAGAAAGAGAACUUGAAAAACGUAGAAAAGAAAGAGAAGAGAGAAAGAAAAAAGAACAAGAAGAAAGAGAAAAUAAGAACAAGACACCAACUCCAACUUCAUCUUCUCCAGCAUCUUCACCAUCAUCUGUGUCUGUAUCACCAGUAGAGUCAAAGUCUCCAAGUCCAUCUGUAUCCUCACCCUCUCCUUCACCCUCUGUAUCAUCUCCAUUGUCACCUGCAUCUCCACGUGAGAAUUUGCAAGAAAGUGUAUCCCCACAAAAAAUAUCAACUUCAACUUCUCCAGCUGCCAGCGUUGGCAAGGAUGAUGUUGUACAAGGUGAGAUGGUUGCAGACGCUAGAGAACAAAAACGAAUUGAACGUGAGAAACGUCUAAAAGAGGAACAGGAAAAGGAAGAGAGAGAAAGACAACAACGUGAUGCUGAACGUGAAAAACGUCGUAUUGAACGUGAACAAAAGGCCAAGGAAGAGGCUGACAAGGAGGAAAGAGAAAGACAAAGUCGUGAAAACGAGCGUGAGAAACGUCGUAUCGAGCGUGAACAAAGAAUGAAGGAGGAACAGGACAGGGAAGAAAAGGACAGACUUGGUCGUGAAUCUGAACGUGACAAGCGUCGUCUCGAACGUGAACAACGACAAAAGGAGGAACAAGACAAGGAAGAAAAGGAAAAAUUACAACGUGAACAAGAACUCAAACAACGUCGUCUCGAGCGUGAACAACGACAAAAGGAAGAACAUGAAAAGGAGGCAUCGGAGCGACAAAAUCGUGAAGCCUCUCUACUCAAAGACCGUGAACAACGUCGUCGUGACCUCGAAGAAGAGGAACGUCGUAUCGAAGAAGAACGUAAAAAGAGAGCUGAAGAGAGACGUUUGGAAAGAGAAAGAAAGGAAAAGGAAUUAAUCGAAGAAGCAAAGAGAAUUGAAGAACAAAGAGAAGAAAGAAGAAGAAAAAGAGAGGCAGCUAAAAAUCAAUAA